UUCUGCUGGAAUAAAAUGCCGUCACCGUCUGAUUCGAGCAGCGCGGCGUCGCUUUCGGGCUCGCGCGCCUUUUCGGGGAGCCGCCGAGGCACUUCCGGCAGGGCGAGGGCGAGCGCGCGGGUGCUGCUCUACCUGGGCCUGUGUCACCUCGCGCUCGGUGCCAUGGUGCUCGCGUUCAGCUUCACGAGUCUGGCGUUCAGCGCGUCUCCCCGCGUGCGACAGUCCUGUCCUUUCUGGGCGGGUUUCUUCGUUGUGGCUUCUGGGAUAGUAGGAGUGAUAUCUUGGAGGAGACCCUUCACACUGGUGGUAUCACUGUUCAUGCUGCUGUCUGCCGUGUGUGUGAUUCUCAGCCUGGCUGGCUCCAUGCUGUCCUGUCAGAAUGCACAGAUGGUCAAAUCGUACCUCAACUGCCAGACGGACCACAAUCUGUGUGUAUGCUGUGACCUGAAACAGAAAUGCUCUUUGAUGAAAGAUGAGACUUUAGUGCUCUACCUGCAUGCCGACUGCCAAUCAGUACGGCAUCAACUCAAGGACCUGCUGUUUAGUGCCUGUGGGCUUAGCAUCCUCUCUACCAUCAUUUGCACUUUGUCCACGGUCACCUGUAGCAUCCAUAUUUUUUCUCUGGACUUGCUUCACCUGCUGGCUCCUCACCGAACACGCUCAGUUAACCCAGAAUGCACCACUCCUCAGGAUGCCUUUCUCAGUAAUAUGAUGGACUUUGAAGAGUUUGUCCCACCCAUCCCUCCGCCUCCUUACUACCCCCCCGAAUACACGUGCAGCUCUGAGACUGAUGCUCAGAGUAUCACGUAUAAUGGCUCAAUGGAGAGUCCCGUGCCUCUGUACCCUACAGACUGUCCUCCUCCGUAUGAAGCAGUGAUGGGGAAAAGGGACCUCAGUCAGCCCACUCACACUGGCGAGCCUUCUGCCGAGAGAGGAACGUCUGUGGCCUUCAGCGGUGAAGUGUCAGGUGACAGUGGCUCUCUGCUGAUGUCUGAGAUUGUAGAUAUUCCAGACGACAGUUCUCCAUCAGAGGACUCGUGUGUGCUGGAGGUGGCAUUUGCAGUGCGAUCACGGGUGCGAGGAGUCAGUGAAGGAGGGGAGGGCUUUGAUUACAAUGUCCCACAACCACCUGCGGCUCGCUGCUUUUUCAGAGGCGAAAGGUCCAACUCCUGCUCUUCUCCCAGCACCUACAACACCUCUAGUUUUCGAUCUCCAGUAAUGCGACACCAGGCCCUACUUGCCUAUAGUUGUUCUCAGUUAGAGAUACUAGGUGUUGCUGCCUCCACACGCUCCUCAGUCCCAGAAAUCCUGGUGUGCCCAUGUGCUUCAUCUCGACGAGGCUCUUCUUCUGAUACAACCAAUCCACAAGCUUUGCCCUCUUCAGGUGUUACUCGAGAUCACCAGUGCAACAUGGCUCCUGGACUACACCCAGUCUCUUAUGCCCGUCAUCGAUGUGGCCGAGACAGCAGGGACAGUGAAAGCCUCCUCCCCUUGGUGAGGUCACACAGUGAACCGGGACUGAGCUCCUCCACUGAUACAGGUGAUUUUACUGGCUCAGUAGGCAGCAAAGGAGUGGGUGAGGGUGGCUCUCAUACCUCAUCAGACACAGGCCGAUCGUCAGCUUGUCUGUUGCUGCAGCGAUCUCCUCUGGUCUCUGCUGGUACGCUGCCCAGGAAGGGAAGCCUGAAGGCUGCCACAGAGCAGCUACCCUCUAAACAGCUGCUGAGCAGCUCUCUGCGCGUCCACAAAGGCUGCACUCGGUCUUUGGGAGACCUUAAGGUGACAAGAGUGCUGGUGCAGCGCUUGCUACAGAGGUCCAAACGAAAUCUAUCCCCUGCCUCCGAGCAUGCUGGGAACUGUGGUCAGAAACUCAAAAGGAGAGUGGGAGGGGAGGGAGGCCUUCCGUUUGAUCAGGUCUUGCGUGCCUCUUGGGGUACCAGCAGAGGGCAGCAAUACCAGCAACGUUUGCACCACCAUCACCGUGGGCACCACCAUUCUCACAGCGAGGGCCAUCCUGUCAUCCGUCACAGUGAUCCUGAUCCUGUGAGGACAGAGGGCAUCCACCUGCGCAGCUGCGGUGACCUGAGCUCGACGUCAGCCAUGUCAUUGCACCGGCUCCACCCACAUGUGCAAACAUCAUCCGGAGCAAUGCAAUUCGACUCCCCUCUCUGAGUGAAGGCAGGGCUUAUUUAAAGUAGAAAUACAGUGCAGAGGAGAGGUUGUUGGUUGAAGAUGAUCAGAGGUAAUCAAGAUGGUAAUUGAGGCAAAAAACUUGUUUGACUAUUUAAUAGUCAAGUGAAAUACUUGAAAGAAGGCAGAAAGUGUAUAAUUUGGGAGUGAAGAUGUAAAGGACAUUCUUGACUUUUGUUAAUUGUGUUAAAUCAUCUUAGCAAACUUGGGAAAUGUGUGAUAUCCUGAGAAAACAUUGGAGAAAUCCUUUGAAGAAUCUUUUUGACAAAAGCCUCUGAAAAAAGCUGACAAAUCCCUUUAUACGUAAAAUAUGGAUUCCAGACCCAUGGCUGCCAGUGCCUCAACAAAACAGUGGUGUUCUGCCUUUCUCAGCCUCCUCCUCUUCCUCUCUGUCUGUUCAUCCUGUCAAACUCACUGUCAGCUUCUCCCUCACUGUGACUCUACAGGAUUGUCAAAGGAGAGUGUGAGGAAGUGACAUAUCUUCCACAGUGCUUCCAUUCACUACUCACAAAGCUUCCAUCAGAAAAAAAUUCGACACUGUUUAUAUGCAUUGCUCCGCCUGGUUUUGGUAAAAGCACUGAACUCUUCCUGUGGGUUUUAUAGUUUGUUCUGGAUCUAGAUGAAAGAUUAUGAAUCUAUUUCAAAGGGCCAUCACACUGUAUGAAGCAACGUCUUACUUAUAGGAGACGUUUUUUGGUUUGGUAUUUUUUAAACACUAAUCUUGAUCAGGGUUCUUCUGUCUUAUCCACAAAGGCCGGUGUGCGUGCAGGUUUUCAUUCCACUUGAGAAUGAGUGAUGCCUGAUUCUACUUGUUUAAGCAGUUCAACUUAAGGUGUUUCUUAAUGUCAAGGAAGGAUCCUUUAAAAGCUGCAUUUCAAGGAUGCCAUGUGAUCAAAUCCCGAUGUCUAGGAUCCUCAAAGAAUUUUAAAGGAUGCAUGUGUGGAUCCUCAGUGUUCUUUAAUCACCCACAUACUAAAAGCACGAUGUACACCAACAUGACUGAACACAAGCUUGUACAGACAAUAUCCAUGAAAACUGAGGAUCUAGUUAAAAUGGCAAAGUAUGGGUUGACAUUAAGUAGCCUGCUGAGAUUAGCACCCAGGACACAAUCCAUGACUAAAGCUCUUUUGACAUUUCUAAGAAUGACUGGUCUUGCAAAUACAAUGCAAUUCUCUUUCUUUCUUGUUUUUUUAUUAUUUAAAAUAUUCAUAUUCCCAAAAGUAUUCACAGCUCAGUCCUGCAGAUUGCAAACUGCCAAGCAGAAGAAGAAGAAGACACACCUGCACACUCAUUAGACUUCCUUUAGAAGAAGACAUAUGUACAUUCAAACACAGCAAAAUUCCUCCUCUGCAUUUUUAAUCCACCUAAACCUGAACACACACAUAAGUGAGCAAUGAGCGCACACACAUACCCAGACCAGUGGGCAACUAUGCUGCAGCACCCAGGGAGCAGUUGGGGGUUAGGUGCCUUGCUCAAGGGCACUUCAGCCAUGAUACAGAGGGAGGGAAAAGUACUGUUCAUUCACUCAACUCAUUCACUCAACACCCCUCAUGUUUUUUUUUUUCCUGGGAAUCGAACUGGCAGCCCUUUGGGCCCAAGUUCUAUUCUCUAACCUUCAGGCCAUGGCUGCCCCCAUUCCAUUAUGUGUUCUCCGAAGGAGAAGGAAGGAGUUUAGCCUGUGAAUGGCCCAACUUGGAAGCACCCAUCCUCCCAAGGAAGCUUUCUUGGCAUUGAGAAAUGAACAAUCCAGUGUGAUUGGCUCCUGAUUGGCUGGAAUGAAAACCUGCAGCUACGCCAUUCCUUUGUGGAUAAGACUGAAGACCCCUGAUCUAGAUAAUGUCAGAAUGUACAACACUGACGUUUAAUACUGUCAGUUAGUCUUUAGAAAACAAUGAACAGUGUAGCAUAAAACAGAAUUAUCUCCAGCCACACACACACACGAUCCCUCAUCACUCCCAAUCUAUAUAUCAUUCCAUUAAUGAGCAAAAGUAAAAAAAAAAAUGCACUGGCUUUUUAUUUAUUUAUUUAUUUAUUUAUUUAUUUAUGUAAAGUGCAUGUUGUUGUUUUACUAAGUA